GGACAGCGCGUGCUUGCAGCUUAUAUAAAACGCAAGUCGAGCUCUUGUCCCGCGGCAGUUAUUGUUUUACUCGCCAUAAGAAGCACUGAUUAAUACACGGCAACAGUCGCAGUCGCGAAGAUGCACGUGCUCAGGUUUCUCAUCGUAGUGACGGUGCCUUUGGUGGCGGGCAUGCCGUCCACGCAGCAGUCAACGCUGGAGUCAACAACGCGGGGCAUCUUCGGCAGCGCGUUCAACCUGGCCAAGGGUGCCACCCUGGCCGGUGCCAACCUGGCGCAGGAGGUGGCCAGCGCGUCCACGAAUUUCGCGUCGACGGCGGCCAAGGAGGCCCAAUCUGUGAGCAAGUCGGUGACCGGACAGGCGAGGCAGGGCGCCGGCUCGCUGGCCAACAAGGCCAAGCAGGGCGUCGACGUCAUCGCAGAGAAGGCCAAGGAAGGCGCCGUCACCGUCGUCGACAAGGCGGCCGAGGGGGCCAAGGGCGCCGUCAACGUGGCCCAGGUUGGCGCCGAGGAGACGCUGGUCGUCAUCUCGGACCCCACGCAGCCCAUUUUCCCCGGCACCAGGUGGUGCGGCGCCGGCACUAAGGCCGACAACGUCACCGACGUGGGCGUCUUCAAGAAAGUCGACAAGUGCUGCAGGAGUCACGACAACUGCUUUGAUAACAUUCCCGCCAGCGGCGAAAAACACGGUUUGAAAAACGAAGGAAAAUUCACUAGGUCUCACUGCGACUGCGACGACGAGUUCUACGAGUGUUUGAAAACGGCUGACAACCUGGUGUCGGCCAAGGUCGGACUUACCUACUUCAACGUCCUGCGGCCGAAGUGCUUCCGCGAGGAACGACCUGUGUCGCGCUGUGCGAAAACCAUCGGGGUUGCUGUCACCAAGAGAUGCGUCAAGUACGAGUUUUCCGACGGAAACGAGCGGAAGUGGCAGUGGUUUGACGCCAAGGAAUUCUGAGUUUAGAUUAUGAACUAUUAGUUACCUCUGAAUAAAUUAUAAAUAGUUCCUUUUGUGUUAUCAAAUAGAUGUCUCAAUUUUGUAUAUUUAGAGUGCGAGUUGCAAUAAAAAAAAACAAGAACAUGAA